AUGGUGCUAUUCCUGUUAUUCGCGCUGAGUAUCGUGCAGCCGACAACAUCUUGCCAACGAGAGCUCCACAGCCGCGAUCUUGGCCAGCAGUCUCAGCAGCUUCCUCUAGUACCUCGCCAGACCAUUCCUUUUCCACCAGUAUGGAGCGAGAAUGAGAAGAUCCUGCAUACAUCCUUCUCGACCGCGUCUAUAGAUCGAUGGUCCUCGUACUAUACCCAUGGCAACCACGUUGCCGGACGCAACAAGUCCAUGGCAGAGGAGACUGCAAAAACGUGGACGGAAAACGGAGUGGCUGCUUCACUGGUCGAGUAUGAAGUAUUUCUCAACUAUCCGAAAGAGCAGAAGCUGGUACUGAAGAUGGAAAAUCGCGCGCAACACACGGCUCAGAUGUACGAGGAUGCUUUGCCAGAAGACGAAACGACAACCUACCCAUUGGAUCCAAUGCUGCCAGCGUUCCAUGGGUACUCUGCCUCUGGCCAAGUAGAAGCAGAAUAUGUUUAUGUUGGUCGCGGUCACAAAGACGACUUCGCAGCACUUGCAGCGGCCAAUGUCAGCCUCACAGGCAAAAUUGCUCUCGCAAAGUACGGAGGGCCAUUUCGAGGAGUAAAGGUCCUUAACGCCGAAGCACAUGGCAUGGUUGGAGUCGUCAUGUUCAGUGAUCCUGGAGAUGACGGGCCGCAGGAGGCAAAAGGACAGGCUGCGUAUCCUAAUGGUUCAGCACGGCAACCCUCCUCUAUCCAGCGAGGAUCUGUUGCAUACAUCAAUCAGUACCCCGGUGAUCCGACAACCCCCGGAUAUCCAUCAAAGCCUGGCGUUGAGCGUGUCAGCAACCCACCAAACCUACCCAAGAUCCCUUCUUUGCCAAUCUCUCAGCGUGAUGCUUUACCGCUCCUGAAGACCCUAGACAGCCAUGGUAUAUCGGGAAAGCUGAUCGGUCGGGACGGGUGGACGGGCGGAUUGGACGCAACAUACAGCACUGGACCUGUAACAGGUACUACUCUUACUCUGACCAAUUUUAUGGAUGCGCAGACCAAACCAAUCUGGGACGUCAUUGGGAUCAUCAAUGGUACCAAUGCAAACGAGACUAUCAUCAUCGGCAACCACCGAGACGCCUGGAUCGUCGGUGGAGCAGCGGAUCCAAACUCCGGAUCAGCCAUCCUGAUCGAAAUCACCAAAGCCUUCGGAGAGCUGCUGAAAACAGUGUCUUCGCCUCCUGGGACGCAGAAGACAAUGACCUACCUAAACGUCGACAUUGGUGUCGCCGGUCCCCUCCCCGGCGCAGGCUCCACCCCCGAACUUCGCUCCAUCGCGCAAGAAAUCAUGAAAAAGGUCACAUACGGCACGCGAACCCUCUACGACGCAUGGUACAAGCUCAACCAGUUCCGGCCUGAAGAUAACGGCUUUACCAAUCUAGGAAGUGGAAGCGACUACACAGCUUUUCUCCAACUGGGCAUCAGUGCGCUGGAUUUUGGUAUGGAUGCGAGUCGUAACACACCGGUUUAUCAUUAUCAUAGCAAUUACGACUCAUAUCAUUGGAUGAAGACGUUGAUUGAUCCUGAUUUUGAGAUUCAUGCUACUGUUGGGCGGUUCAUUGCGUUAUUGGCGUAUCACCUGGCGGACGAUGCAAUUAUUCCGUUUGAUAUGGAUACGUAUGCUCGAAAUGUCAAUUACUGGAUCCGCGAGCUCGUCGGGGAAACAAUGGGGAUGCCAGACAGUGGGGAUGUUCAACGACGGAUUAAGCUUAAUGAGCUCGCAGCUGCGGGAAGAAAGUUCCAGCAAGUGGCGACUGACUUUGCUGACCGGAUGGCGGAGAAGAAGUUCUUAGAUGAUGCGGUGAGGGUUGGUAAUGCAAAUCGCGUUAUGAGGGAUGUGCAGAGGGCUUUUGUAAGCGAGGAGGGGUUGCCUGGGAGGUCUUUCUACAAGAAUGGUUUGUAUGCGCCGAAUCGGGAUGAUGGGUAUAAAGCGCAGACUCUACCGGCGAGUAUGGAGGCGCUCCAGGAUCGGAACUUGACGCUAUGUUUGGAGUGGAAUGUUUGGCUGACUGAUGCGAUCAACAAAGCGACGACGUUGCUUGCCACUGCUUAA